GAAUUAACCAGUCAUGGCCGUUCACAAGGGCCAGCAGGUGACGAUAUUGCGCUAUCCAGCCUCCUGCAGACGUCUCUAAACCAUGCAACCCAUGCAACUAUUCUUCAGACCACGCGACGGUCAAAUCAUGCACCACAGCCGAUCAAUCAUCACUUAGACAAUAAUCUAUGCCGGCCAAAUCAGAUCGCCCAUCACCUCUGCUAUCACUUUCCGACGCGCCGUGCUAAACAAUAGUCACGCCGGUGCCAAAGCGGGGGAGCCUAUCACCGCUGCUGCAUGGUGGGCCAUCUAAGCGCCGACCACGGGCGUUCAGGGAUCCCUCGCGUUCUGCGCCCCGGUGACAGCCUGUCAUGUCGCAGACCCUUGCCGCCCUUUCGAUGGCCGGCUUAUCGAAGUUUGGCAGGCCAAGCUUGCCCCGAGGUCUAUGUGUCUGUGCCGUUGCCGUCACCGCUCCGUGACACGGGGGUGGGUGGGCGAUUGCGUUGCCUGGCGGGUCGAGUAUAUCUAUGCUCUGUCGCCUAUUGUUUUUCUGGGGUUGGUGUCCAAUGGACUGACUUGCUGGAAUUGUUCAGUGGUGUUGAGCUGUGCAUUGACUGACUUGCUGGUAUUGUUCAAUAGUAUUGACGUGUGCAGUGACGA